AUGGGAGCAGAUGAUAACAAAAUGGGAGCAGAGGAUACCAAAAUGGGAGCAGAUGAUACCAAAAUGGGAGCAGAGGAUACCAAAAUGGGAGCAGAUGAUAACAAAAUUGGAGCAGAGGAUACCAAAAUGGGAGCAGAUGAUACCAAAAUGGGAGCAGAGGAUACCAAAAUGGGAGCAGAGGAUACCAAAAUGGGAGCAGAUGAUAACAAAAUGGGAGCAGAGGAUACCAAAAUGGGAGCAGAUGAUACCAAAAUGGGAGCAGAGGAUACCAAAAUGGGAGCAGAUGAUACCAAAAUGGGAGCAGAGGAUACCAAAAUGGGAGCAGAUGAUAACAAAAUGGGAGCAGAGGAUACCAAAAUGGGAGCAGAUGAUACCAAAAUGGGAGCAGAGGAUACCAAAAUGGGAGCAGAUGAUACCAAAAUGGGAGCAGAGGAUACCAAAAUGGGAGCAGAUGAUACCAAAAUGGGAGCAGAGGAUACCAAAAUGGGAGCAGAUGAUAACAAAAUUGGAGCAGAGGAUACCAAAAUGGGAGCAGAUGAUACCAAAAUGGGAGCAGAGGAUACCAAAAUGGGAGCAGAUGAUACCAAAAUGGGAGCAGAGGAUACCAAAAUGGGAGCAGAUGAUAACAAAAUGGGAGCAGAGGAUACCAAAAUGGGAGCAGAUGAUACCAAAAUGGGAGCAGAGGAUACCAAAAUGGGAGCAGAUGAUACCAAAAUGGGAGCAGAGGAUACCAAAAUGGGAGCAGAUGAUAACAAAAUGGGAGCAGAGGAUACCAAAAUGGGAGCAGAUGAUACCAAAAUGGGAGCAGAGGAUACCAAAAUGGGAGCAGAUGAUACCAAAAUGGGAGCAGAGGAUACCAAAAUGGGAGCAGAUGAUAACAAAAUGGGAGCAGAGGAUACCAAAAUGGGAGCAGAUGAUACCAAAAUGGGAGCAGAGGAUACCAAAAUGGGAGCAGAUGAUACCAAAAUGGGAGCAGAUGAUACCAAAAUGGGAGCAGAUGAAGAAAGUAGUGAUAACACUGUUCCAGACCCGACUUCAGGUGUUCAAAUGUUGCAAGGGAAAGAUUAUGAUACUCGUGUGAACCACAUCUUCAAGAGGACUCUCAGCUUUUGGAAAACUUAUGGUUCACUGACGAGUCUAUCUUUCAUCCCUCUGGUGGAGUGA